AUGGCAGACUCGACUCGGCCUCUUCUCUCCGAUUCCAACUUGUCCGAGUCAAAGCUUCCACCACCAAAAUCCCUCGACGAGACGAUCGAGCAGUGCAUCGGAAACUUCGGGUGGGCACAGUUUCUCCAAACUGCUUUAAUCUCAUUGGCUUGGCUCUUCGACGCUCAACAAACAUUCAUCACCGUCUUCACCGACUCACAACCCACGUGGCACUGCGUCGACUCGGGCCCAGCCAACUCAGUCUGCAACUCGUCCUCCAACCUCUGCACCUUACCCAACCAAACCUGGUCCUGGGACUUCAAGCCACACGUGUCAAUCGUAUCUGAGUGGGGCCUACAGUGUGCGGGCUCGUUCAUCAACGGUUUGCCUGCAAGCUCAUUCUUCCUCGGAUGUCUAAUCGGUGGCUUAGCUCUGUCUACGCUCGCUGACUCGUCGCUCGGCCGUAAAAACAUGCUCUUGUUGUCAUGUCUCAUUAUGUCUCUGUCUUCGAUGUUAACAGCUUUCUCAACGAACAUUUGGCUUUACGCCUUCUUGAGAUUCGUGAACGGGUGUGGGCGAGCAACAGUCGGGACUUGCGCGCUCGUUCUGUCGACGGAGCUAGUCGGUAAAAAAUGGCGAGGACAAGUCGGUGCGAUGGGAUUCUUCUGCUUCACGUUAGGGUUUUUAUCGCUUCCAAUGUUAGGUUACAUCAAUAACGGGAAUUCUUGGAGGUAUCUCUACGUUUGGACAUCCAUACCAACUCUAGUCUACUGUAUGGUAGUCCGGUUUUUCGUCCGGGAGUCGCCUAGAUGGCUUAUCGUGAAGGGGCGUAAAGAAGAAGCCGUAUCGACUCUCCAAAGCAUUUCUUCUAACAAAAACACUAUGAGCUUCUCCAACUUAUGUUUUGAUGUAAAAGAGGAUGGAUCCGGAUCAAACCCUGAUGUCUACGACGCGUUAAAGAUCUUGGUGAGGAAGCCUUGGUCACUUUGGAGAUUAUUAACGGUUAUGGCGGUUGGAUUCGGUAUCGGUAUGGCUUACUACGGAAUGCCGUUAGCCUUGGCGAAUCUGAACUUCAAUCUUUACUUAGGUGUUGUGUUCAACGCCUUGUCAGAAUUCCCAGCGUUUCUUGUAACGUUUUUCUUCUUUGAUAAAAUCAACAGAAGAGUCGCGUUGAUCGGGUUCACAGCUCUAAGUGGAAUCUCUAGCGUUCUAGUCGCUGCGUUAGGACACCAAAUAGGGUCAUUGCAGAUAGUGCUAGAGCUGGUUUCGUUUUUCAGCGCGUGCACCGCGUUUAACAUGACGCUUAUAUACACGAUCGAGCUGUUUCCGACAUGUGUAAGGAACUCGGCGAUGGCGAUGGUGAGGCAGGCCUUGGUGUUUGGCGGCGUUUUUAGUCCGGUGAUGGUUGCUGCGGGUCGGGAAAAUCCGUUUUGGUCGUAUGGGUUGUUUGGGUUGGUCAUAGGGCUGUUUGGAUUGUUUGUGGUUGGGUUGCCAGAGACUAGAGGAAGUGUUCUAUGUGACACUAUGGACGAGGAAGAGUAUAAGAAUUUGACAAAAGAACAAAUUAUUGGUUGA